AUGAUGAGCAGUAAUUACUGCAGCAACACUUCAUCCAGCAUGAGUGUCAACGAAAUGUCUGCCUUCCCUCUGACUUUAGAGCAAAAAACUGGCUUUGCCUUUGUGGGUAUUUUGUGUGUUUUCUUGGGACUUCUAAUUAUCAGAUGCUUCAAAAUCCUGCUAGACCCCUACAGUAGUAUGCCUUCUUCUACGUGGGAAGAUGAAGUUGAGGGGUUGGAUAAAGGAACAUUUGAAUACGCUCUUGCAUGA